UUGCAUCAAACAACGUAAAAUUCUAUGCGAACCCAUCAACUUGCUCAGUUGGGUCCUACUUUUCAUAUACAUCCCACACCAACUAUAAUAAUAACAUCCCAUAUUCCAUGAACCAAAAAAAGGUUGGUCCUCUCCAUCUUUAGUUCCUAAAUAAAUACACGAAAAAGGAAAGAGUUCGAUUCUCGUUCUCCUCUUCUCCUGAAUCAAAAUACCCACAAAACCUUUCAAUCCAUAUAGUCUUUGUUUAUUGAGAUCAAUGGAUGUGUUGAAUGAGAGCACAAGUGAGGCUGCAAAUUCGAACAAGUUACCUUCUUCUAGGUACAAGGGAGUUGUCCCGCAACCAAAUGGCAGAUGGGGAGCUCAAAUAUACGAGAAGCACCAGCGUGUGUGGCUGGGAACCUUCAAUGCCGAAGAAGAAGCUGCUAAGGCCUAUGACAUUGCCUCAAUAAGGUUCCGAGGCCUCGAAACCAUCACAAACUUCAACCAGAAUCAGUUGAAGCCUUACAUGGAUGGUGACAGCGAAACCCUUUUCUUGCAAUCUCAUUCCAAGGCCGAGAUCGUCGACAUGCUUCGAAAACACUCGUACACCAAUGAGCUUGAGAUGUACAAGCUCAAGCUGUUCAAUGCUGGUGAUGAUGAUGCUGCUAGGAAGAGAAUUAAGUGUCACGUUAAUUUGAUGGAAGGUUAUGAUCAUCAGAGGGAGUGGCUUUUCGAGAAAGUGGCGACGCCAAGCGAUGUAGGGAGAUUAAACCGUAUGGUCAUACCAAAACAACAUGCAGAGAAGCAUUUUCCAUCGCAUCUGAGUGAGGAAUUAUGUAAAGGGGUGCUGUUGAAUUUUGAGGAUGGUGAGGGGAAAGUUUGGAGGCUUCGAUAUUGUUAUUGGAGUAGCAGUCAGAGUUAUGUGUUGACGAAAGGGUGGACUCGUUUUGUGAAGGAGAAGAAGUUGAAAGCAGGGGAUGUUGUUAGGUUUGAGAGAUCGAGAGGGGAGGAGAAGAAGAUGUUCAUUGACUGUAGACCAAGAAACGUCGAGGUUUCGGGGCUCGGAGAGAUGGCUAGUAGGGUUGAAGUUGAAGAGCCUUUGUCAAGGGUUCAAGAAGAUGAUGGAGUGGUAAGGUUGUUUGGAGUUAACAUUGUGGAAACAUGUAGUUGUAUUGUAGACAAUAACAUGCGUUGGAGGCUUGGAGCAAGAAUAAGUUCAUAGAGCCCCAUUUCCAUGAAAUUGGAUUUGUAUAAGUGUGACAAAGCUUACCAUGGCAAAUAGAAAGAAUUUUAAUUGUAGUGGGA